CUAGGCCCAGUUUAAAUUGAAACCAAAACAACACAGGUGGUCAGGAGAUAGAUCUAUAGUUCUAGUGUUUAUGACAAAAAGAUCAGAGAAGCAAAGUCCAAUUACUGCAUAUAUAUGUGUUAUAGAAAGUUGAGAGCAUUUUAAUAGUAAUCAGCCCUAUCUUAUUUCUGUGAAAUGUGAAACCGAACUCGCAAGCCUCGAAAAACUUUCCCGUCGACAUAACAGACAGCUAGGCGUACGGAGCUGUACACACUAUCCAAGGGAGGUGACUGUCACAAGCAGGAAAAGAAGGAUGAAUUAGAGGGUGUAAACACUGGUUGCACAAAACUGCACAGUCUACGUGUUGCUUCAGAAUGUGUGCAUGACUACACAUCUUUUAGAUUACGGCCAUGGAAGAACCCGUGCUCCAUGUUAUUGUUGUUGGUUUUCACCAUAAGAAGGGAUGCCAGGUCGAGUUUUCUUACCCGCCAUUGAUCGAGGGAAACACUGUGGAGAGCCAUGAAAUUCCAGAAGAAUGGAAGCAUAUUCCUUCCCUUGCUCUUCCUGAUGGGGCUCAUAAUUUUGUCAAAGACACGGUGUACUUUGUCCUGCCUGGUCGAAAAGAUAACCUGCACACCGUGUAUGGAGUAUCGUGCUACAGACAAAUGGAUGCAAAGAAUUUGAUAAACAAAACUGCAGAUGUUACAAGAAGUACAGUACAGAAAAGUGUUUGUGUGUUGAGUCGACUGCCUCUGUUUGGUCUGAUAAAGGCAAAGCUGGAGCUGAUCACGCACGCCUACUUUGACGAGCGGGACUUUAGCCAAGUCUCAUUGCUGGAGCAGACUUUCAACAACUUGAAUUCUUCUCUGACCCAGAGUUUACUUGAAGGCAGUCAAGUCUUUCUUGGUUUGUCUGUCCGGGAACUGGUGACUCAAUACAAGCACAAGAUUAUCGUCGUUUUCAAGCUGCUCAUGUUGGAGAGACGGGUUCUGGUGUUUGGUUCGCCAGUGGAGUCGUUGUGUCACUCGUUGCUCAGUGUCCUGUCCCUUUUCCCAGGCAUGUUGGAGAGUGGCCUGCGUCAGGCGUGCAAUCAGUGGAGCCAGAAGAAACUGUCACCGACCUUGGGCACGGCAAGCUUGGACCCAAACCAGGAUGAGAGCGAGCACUUCAUGGAGAUCCGCUACCACAGCAGCAGUCCAGACUCCCCUCUGGCCGAGGUCAUGGGUCACAUGCAUAACUCAGCGCUAAAUCUGGGGGCCAGCGGGGAUUCCGAGUACUCCUCUCUGGACAUCGGUCAGCAGGACAGCCCCACAACAGCAGCCGGUAACAGAGCUAUGAGUGAAGCCCCGGAAUCUCCGUCCAUCCCCAGGGAUGCUUUUGACUUUGCUGGUUCUCAGUCUGGUGCUGGCGGUCACACCACAUAUCAGGGUGAGGCUGGUGGAAAGACGGUGCGAGGAGAGGAAGAAAAGUUAAGAGAUGGCCCUGAGCUGUCUCAGACAAGUGGUCGAAGAGAUUCAACGUCAGCAGGCAAAUCUAGGUCUCGGAGCUGUAGCUCAAACGACUCGGAGAAGCUGAGUGUUCACGCAUUUCACCGCAGUAAAAAGGAAGAGUCUGUCGACGAAGAAACCAAACCUGUGGACAGCAGUGAAAGUCCUUUAGCUCAUGUGGAGAAUAUUACUCACAUUGAAGCAGUGCAAGAGAAGGUUAGUAGUCAACUAGAGUACAUGAGCUUGACCAAUAAGGAUGACAAUGGGAAUGCAUUGCCGGGAGAUAGCCACAGUAAAAGUGGCCAUUUGUCUCUGGCUGAUACAAAGCACAGACCUAAAGGUGAUGAGAUCAUUGAGGAACUUGACUCUCCAGAGAGCAUCAGUAAGAUCGACCGAGAGGACUGUUUCUCAUGGGAACAGGAUCGCUUACAGCUCAGCAUCGAUCAUGAGUUCUCGCCAGCAGGGGGAUCAAAGCCUGGGAGUCGGGGUAGCUCCGCCUCAAGGGACAAGGAGAAAAGUAACAGCGGAGACUCUCCCGGUGAGAGUGAGAGUGGUCGGGAGUCUGUGUCAUCGGACAGCACAACCACUUCCUCGCCCACCCAUAGCGAGAAAAAUUCCCGAUCUUUGCGGACCAAAACGUCUGAUCAAGAGUCCCCAUCGUCGAAACAGAAGAAGACGAAAGUCUUAAAGAGCAAGUUGUCUGCUGCGUUGCACAAAGUCAGCAGUAAGUCGAAACUGAAGGAAGAGAAAAGUGAAGACAAGCCGAAAAAUCUGGAUGGAGAUAUCGUGUUACCUCAAGAUAACAGUGGAUACCCUCUGGCAAUAUUUACAAAGGGGUCAGUGUGUUACCCGUACCUGAGUCUGCAGUACCAUGACAUUCUGACCGACGUGAACAUCCGCAGCUUUGUGAUUGGUGCCACAAAUGUGUUGUUCAAACAGAGAAGGCAGCUUAUUGAUGCUGUCAUUGAGGUGGAUGAUGGGAAGGUGGAAAUUCGUGACCGGGAACUCCAGCGCCAGCUCAGUCUGACUACAGCAGACUUGAGGUUUGCAGAAUAUCUGGUGAAAACUGUCACCGAGGACCGGCCGGGCACCUAUGAUGGCACAGAAUGGGAAGGCAGUGAUGAGUGGAUCCGAGCCCAGUUCCGGCACUAUCUCAACUCGCUGUUGUCGUCUGUGUGGACUGACGAUUCCAAAAUGUUGGAAGACUUUGGCUCAAGUUUUAUCUCCGCCUGGAAGACAACUCACAACUUUCACACCUGGUUUGAGUCUGACCACCCGGCCAUUAAAGUUUUCCCCCCAGGACAUCCAUUCCAAGGCAACCUUAACAUGACAGAUGUUCGGAUGAGGUUCAAUCAUACCCUCCAAAAUUCAGAGCGGGGACGGAAGAUAAACGCUGCUGUUGUGCAAACAGGGAAAUACGUGGUUCAAACGGGCAAAGUUGUUGGCGGAGCGCUGACCUCGGCAAAAUCUGCCGUGUCUGGCUGGUUCAGCAGCUGGAGAAGCUCGGAGAAGACGGAGACGUCUCCUAAACCAGACGGUCAAGACGAUGAGUCUCCUACUGAGACACCGGUCGGUCGGGAUGACCAGCUGUCGGAAGGUCAAGGUCAUGAGACGUCUGUUGAACCAGCCAGCCUUAGCGAUGAGGCAUGCGCCGCAGGUCAAGAGACAGGGGCGGCCGCACAGGAUUUGAAGGUCAUCGAGGGCGCGGAUGGGGACUCGAACAAGGGGGCAAACUGAUGGACUGUCCUUGGUUUGAUGUCAGCAGGGUCACCCGAGUGUCACAAGUGUGUGUAUUUGUGUAAGUGUGUGUGUAUUUGUGUAAGUGUGUGAGUGUAUGUGUGUGUGAGUGUAUGU